GUAUACUUAAAACGCAGAUGUUUGUUUACAAAUUUGAUCAUUCCUCGUUCAGUUUAUCACAGUUAACAGAAUGGAGCUCGACCUGAAAUGUAAAACACCUAUACUAUUCUACACGGACGACGAGUUGAAGAGUAUCCUGAAGAUCCGUGGUAAAACUUUGGAGCAACUACCAGAAGAUGUUAAGAUCAUCAAAGAAUGGUUGAAGACGCAGCCUCAUUUACCUCUGCAUCCGACAGACAGACAAAUCGUAUGUUUUUUGGUGAUGAACAAGUUUUCUAUAGAGAGAACCAAAGAGAAGCUUGAUUCCAAUUACACAAUCAAAGCAUUAAUACCGGAAUUCUACAGUAAAAUCCCAUCGCAUCCGGAUAUAAAAAAAAUCAUGAGCAGCGCUACGUUCGGUUACAUGCCUAAAUUGAGUAGGAAUUUGAACCGAAUGAUUGUGGGUCGUUUGAUAAACCCAGACAAUUUCAACACAACAGAUUUAUUCAGUUUUCUGUGCAUUCUUUACGAGAUCAGAUCAAUCAGCGAUUUCAGCGAUUCCGACGAAUUCCUCUACGAUUUUACUUAUUGUCCUAUAAGCGUGAUUUCUAAGUUUAGUCUUAUGGAUUCUAAACGUAUACUCACAAUUAUUGAAAAAGUAUACUCCAAUCGUCUUGCCUCCAUUCACUACAUAAACGUUCCAGCUUAUGCGGAAUCUGUAAUAAAUAUGGUCAAAUCACUUCUUAAACCGAAGAUUCGAGAAAGAUUGCAUAUUCAUAAAGGUUACGAGUCGUUGCGUAAGUAUUUUGAUGAAGAUCAGCUGCCUAAGGAAUGGGGUGGAAGUGGACCAAGUUUGACAGAAAUCGAAGACAAUAUGGGCGCUCUAUGUUCGGAAAAUGAAGAAUACGUCAAGAAAAUGUUUAACGCCAGAGUGGACGAAUCUCUGCGACCGACCAAACUGGUAAACGAUGAUUUCUUGGGUUACCAUGGUAACUUUAAGAAACUUCAAGUCGAUUGCCAUGGUAUUCAAGCCCAGUUCAUCACCUAUCAUUUCCUAUAUCAUUCUUGGAUCUUCGUCAAUUUUUACCUUCACCAAGGCUACAUUUGUGUCGUCGGUGAAAUAUUUCGGGCGACCAUCACGAGAUUCGUCCUCAACAGAAAAACUCCCGGUUUGGAAUCUUCAAAACCACUUGGAAAUGUUGACUUGAAGUGUAAAACUCCUAUCCUAUCGUAUAGUGAUGAUGAGUUUAAGCAGAUUCUGGAGAUUCGUGGAAAAACUUUGGAGCAACUACCAGAAGAUGUUAACAUCAUAAAGGAAUGGCUGAAGAUGCAGCCGCAUUUACCCAUGCAUCCGACGGACAGACAAAUCGUCUGUUUCUUAAUAAUGAACAAAUUCUCGAUUGAAAGAACGAAAGAAAAAAUUGAUGCCAAUUACACUAUCAAAGGAUUGAUGCCGGAAUUGUUCAGCAAAUCACCGUUACAUCCGGACGUCCAAAAAACGAUCUCCUUAGUUUCUUGCGGAUUUAUGCCUAAAUUGAAUAAGAAAUUGAACAGAGUUUACGUGUGCCGGUUAGAAAGUACAGAUGUUGUCCUGUUGGAUGGGUACAAUUACUUUUGCUCGUUUUUGGAGAUGAAAACAAUCUGCGAUUUCAGCGAUUCCGAUGAAUACAUCUUCGAUUUUAGUUAUUUUCCGAUGAAAAUGGUCACGAAAUUCAAUCCCAUGGAUUUUAAACGAGUGCUCACUUUAGUUGAAAAAGUUUACUCGAAUCGUAUUGCUGGCCUUCAUUACGUAAAUAUUCCAUCUUAUGCUGAAGCUAUGAUAAAUUUGAUUAUAUCGUUCUUGAAACCGAAGAUUCGAGAAAGAGUGCGCAUCCAUAAAAGCCUCGAGACUUUGGGUGAGUUUUUCGAGAAGGAUCAAAUUCCUAAAGAGUUCGGUGGAACUGGAAUAUCGUUGUCGGAAAUUUGUGAUAAUAUGAACGUUUUAUCUAAGGAAUACGAUGAAUACAUCAAGGAAUCCAAUAAUGCAAGAGUGGACGAAUCUUUGAGACCGACCAAACUCAUCAACGAUGAUUUCUUGGGUUACCAUGGAAACUUUAAGAAACUUCAACUAAAAACUUUGGUAGACUUCAACAAUGCUGAUGAAUUCAUAUUUGACUUAUCCUAUUAUCCUCUGUCGGUGGUCAAAAAGUAUAAUCCGAUGGAUCUAAAACGCAUGUUUACCAUUAUAGAAAAAGUUUACUCAAGUCGCAUAAGCGCUUUUCAUUUUGUAAAGUUGCCGUCAUAUGCUGAACCUCUACUAAAAUUAGCUUUAAUGUUUAUGAAGCCAAAAAUUCGGGAAAGAGUGUUUUUCCAUGAUAAUUAUGAGAGUUUGCACAAACUUUUCGACGUGGAUCAACUUCCCAAAGAGUUGGGUGGAAAUGGAUGCACUUUUGAAGAAAUUCACGAGCAAUCAAAGAAUUUGUUGAUGCAAUACGAAGAACAUCUGAAACAUGUUCUCAAUGCCAGAGUCAACGAAGAUCUGAGACCGAGCAAAUUAAUCAAUGAUGAUGUGUUGGGUUUCCAUGGAAACUUCAGACAAUUGCAAGUCGAUUGAUUGCAUCAUCCGCACAACAGUUUAAUGAAAAGAAAAAUUUGUCAACUUUAACAUAUAAUUAAAAUAUAUUUGAUGUUUGAUUAUUUAAUUUAAAUAUUUAAAAACGAGUCCUUGAAAUAAAUCUCGAAGUUCAAGGAUUCACAUCGUAUUUACGAAAAACAGAAAAUAUUUAUAGGAUAUUCAAAUGAGGCAAUACUACCAUUAUUCAAAUCAUUAAUAAUAAAUAAUAACAAUAAAAUCUUCAUAAUUUAUUCUCCAAAA